AUGAUCGAGGGGCAAGAGGUGAAUAAGGUCUUGGUCGAUGGAGGCGCAACUGUGAUCAUCUUACCCAAGACAAUGCUGAAGAGGUUUGGGAAAUCCUUGGCUUAUUUGAAACCUCACAAUAUAAUGAUCUCGGACUACGCAGGAAAAUCUUCGCACCCUGAAGGCAUGAUUCUGCUUGAUGUGCAGAUUGGGAGUGUAAAGAUGACCACCAUGUUUAUAGUGACGCCAUCUAAGGCGAAUUUUAAUGUCUUGCUAGGUCGAGAGUGGAUCCAUGGGGUAGGAGUCGUCCCUUCCACGGUGCAUCAAGAGAUCUUCUUCUGGAACGAUGACGAAGGGUUGGAGGUUCUCGAGGCUGACCAGAGAACAUAUGAAGUUGGUAUGUAUUUUGCUGAUCAAUAA